UGUCUUCCUAAUUCUCAAAACUUCCUGCCAGUGUCCAGCCUCUGCAUAUUAGAGAAAGCAGAAAGAACAACAUUAUUCUGAGGUUCCAGAGCAAGAAUUUCCUUCACCACUCUUUCAGCAACCUCAGUAUUCCCACUAUUCGUGCUAGCUGCCAACAAAAGCUCCCAAAACAACCAUGUCAGCUUUCCACAGCAUUUCUUUCACCAGCUCCACCGCUUCUAGCAACCUACCCCCUCGCCCAUGAAGAUCAACCAAGCACCCAUAAUGCUGAAUCUUCAGCUCAAUUCCAUACACCGACUUCAUCGACCGAAAAAUCUCACAACCAACAUCAAUCAAGCCAGCAUGACAACAAGCCGACAAAACUCCAACAAAGGUGACACCAUUGGGAACAACAACCCACUCCCUCAAAUCAAGCACAUCAUCCACGUACCCAUAAGCACCCAACCCACAAAUCAUAGCAUUCCAAGUAACAACAUUCCUCUCCGACAUUUCAUCGAACAACCUUCGCGCCAUCGCAAUCGCCCCAUUCUUCGCAUACAAGUAAACCAACGCGGUCCCGAGAAUCACUCCAUCUCCAAGUCCAACCCCUUUCACCAUCAUAAACUCAUGAAUCCUUUCCCCGAGCUCGAGACAACCCGACCGGGCACAUGCGGACAACACCGACGCCAAGGUGGAGCCACUGGGCUCAAAGCCCUCCCCAACCAUAUCCUCAAACAGAUCCAAAGCCUCGUUGGAGCAGAAAUUCUGAGCGUACCCACAAACCAUAGUGGUCCAAAGACUCGAACUUUUCUCAGGCAUUUCAUCAAACACGCGACGGGCACCGACGCAGUUUCCCUACACAGAGUAACACCUAACCAAAGCAUUAACCACGUGGGAAUCAAAGUCCAACCAGAAUUUAAUUGGGAAGCUGUUAACGAGCGCAAAUGCGAGAAUGCCUUGAGGAGGAAGAAUCAAGAAAGUUAAUUAGGCAUGCAUCGAUAAACUAAG